AGCUCUGUCAACAAAAACAAUAAUGCUAUACAAGCAAAUAUACUUUAGAUAUUUAAUUCUCCUUUAUUAUAUAUCUUUUGCUACCUAUUUUUUAGCACUGCUCGCUUAUUAAGAACAACGACUGAAAUAUUUUACUACGCCACAUUUUUAUCUAUCUAUGGAAACCCACUUUAUUAUCUGGUGGUAAAGUCUUUUGGUUUUGCAGUCGACUUUGAGAAUCACAAGAUACGAAGGAUCUUGCAAAGAGUACCCAAAUACAAAAAUGCACUAUGUGAACAUACAAUUGAAAAACAUUAAAGGUAACACAUUUCCAAGCUACACCUUGAAUGUUACAGACACUGUUCCAGACAUAACUAAGAUGGUUAUGGCUCUUGUAAGAUGUCCCAAUCUCCAUUCAAGAGAUUACUGUGAAACUGGGAGAAAUAUGACUGUAAAAAAUUUUGGUCAUGUGUUAACAGACAAGUCAUCUACUUGGAGCCACAAUUUGCAAUUCAAACCGCCUUUAACAUUUCCCCUGAAACCGGGUUUAUACGAGUAUGCUUCUGAUCUAACAAAAGCCCGGUAUCCAAUAACAGUUGAGAAGUCUUCCUGGAUCGCUAAGAUACUGAUGUACUAUGAAGACGAGGUGCUGUUAUGCAACAUAUGUGAAGGCGAUAUAUUUUAAUGAAGUGUAAUUUUGGCUGUUAGGCCUUCGGUAGCUUUAUUGUGC